AUGAGCCAGUUGGUGCUAGAUAUAUCACGAUUGCAAACGGCGAAAGAACAACUACCGAACAGAGAAGGUGGUUCGCUUCGAUGUCAUCUCAUUUGCCAGUUUCUUGAUGUGGAGGUGUUAGCUGGGCAACAUACAGAUCACCAUGUCAGUCGACUCGUUGUGCAAAAUGUACCAGACUUCACGUUGGAACAGACACGUAUAAAACUUUACAUGGAUGAGCAGUUAUAUCUAGUUAAGUUCGUCAACAGUACGAAGUUCAGUUUGCAACCUGGUGACGCUAUUGAUUUGACCAUAGCUACGUGGGGCAGCCAAGAGAGUAACAAACAUGGGUCAUUACGAUGGGAGGUUUUAGACAUUGCACACUUAACUAUGGGCGACAUAAAAGCCAUGAGAGAAUUCCAGUGCUCCCCUGAGGGAAUACAAUUUUUCCACUGA